AUGGCGGCCCCGGGGCUGGAGCGGCACCGACUGGCGCUACUGGCGGCCAGGGAGGAUGUGGGCAACCCCCGGGCCGGUACCGACUGGGCCAUCUUUGCUUAUGAGAAGCACCAUGACCUCAAGCUCCUGGACUCUGGAGCUGGGGGUCUGGAUGCACUGGCCAAAAAAUUCUCCGUCACCAGCAUCAUGUAUGGGCUGUGCCGCACCCAGGACCCUGGCACCAGUGGCCACCGCAUUGUCCUCAUCCACUGGGUUGGGGAGAACGUUCCGGAGUGCCAACGCCAAGCAUGUGCUGGGCAUCUUCCUGCCAUCCGAGCCUUCUUUAGGGAGGCCAGCGUGGUGCUGAGUGCCCAUCAUGCCGAGGAGGUGACGCAGGAGAGGCUGAGCCAGGUGCUGGCACAGAUGGCACCCACCACCUCUCCCCCAACCAGGAAGGUGCCCCCCACCCAGGACACCCAGGAGCUGGUGGGCACCAACUACCGCAAGACCAACCCAGCACUGGAGAUCCAGCGCACCAGGAGGGACAACUUCUGGGCCCAAGCCGAGCGUGAGGAAGAGCAGCGGAAGGCAGCGGAGCGGCGGCGGGCACUGGAGGAACACCGGCGCUGGGAGCGGGAGCGGAUGGAGGAGGAGCGGCGGGAGGCGGCCGAGCGGGAGCGGCGCCUGCAGGAGACGGAGCGCAGGAUCGAGGAGCGGCGGAAGGAGCAGGCGCAGUUGGAAGCAGAGGAGCGGAGGAAGGAGAAGGCACGAUGGGAGCAGCAGCAGCGGGAGCAUGAGGAGGCCACGAGGGACCGCAACCGGCACAGCGAAUCCAUCGGGAAGGCAGCCGAGGCAGCAGUCCUGGUCUCACAGCGCUCGCAGAACCCCCGGGACUUCUUCCGGCAGCGUGAGCGCUCGGGGCCCACCUCUGGCCCCUCGCCAACCUCCCCAGGCCCUGGUGCCAGACCCGGUGCCCGCCGGCCGUUUCUGCGGUAUCAGCGCAGUCUUACAGAGUCAGCCUUCAUCUUCAGCCGACCAGACCUCCCCACAUCCCCCAGCCCCGGGGCGUUCAGGGCUGUGCCCCCGCCUAGCCCCCGCCGGCUCCCACCUCCCCUCCCCACCAGUCCCCUGGGGACAGGGACCCCUCCCUGGUCCCCCACCAGCCUCAUAGGGAGGAGGACUCCUCCCUGUGCCGACCUGGGGACGCCCCCGAGCCCAGCCAGAUCAGGGCACUCCCAUGUCACCAGCCCUACAGGGACAGGAACUGCUCCCCGUGCCACCCUGGGGACCCCUUCCAGCCCCAUGGGAACAGGGACCCCCCCCAGCCCAGCUAGAGUAGGACCUCUCCAUGCCACCAACCCCAUGGGGAUAGGGACCUCUCCCUCUGCCACCCUGGGGACCCACUCCAGCUCCAUGGGGACAGGGACUCUUCAAUGUGUCACCAGCCCUAUAGGGACAGAGACCCUUCCUUCUGCUAUGGGGAUGCCACCCAGCCCAGCUACGGCAGGACCUCUCAGUGCCACCAGCUCCACGGGGAUAGGGACCCCUCCUUCUGCCACCCUGGAGACCUCCCACAGCCCCAUGGGGACAGGGACUGCACCCGGUGCAAACCUGGGGAUCCCCUCCAGCCCCAUGGGGAUCGAGACCCCUCUCUCUGUCACCCUGGAGACUCCCCUCAGCCCAGCUAUAGCAGAGGCUCCCCAUGCCACCAGCCCCACUGGGACAAAACCCCCUCCAUGUGCUACUCUGGGGACCCUUCCUAGCCCGACGGGGAGAGCAGCGGAGUGUGUGCCCACCAUGCCUGGGGUAGACCCCCUGCCUCGCUCCAGCCCUCCUAGCACCGGGGAGUCUGCGUUCCCUGACAGCAGUUGUGAGGAGCUCCUGCCACCCCCAAGCCCUCCCCAGGAUGAAGAGGGCCCUCCCCUGGAAAAUUUACCCCUCCCCAGCCCCCCAGCAUGGAGCUCUCCGGGGCUGUUGAUGGGGUCGGACGAGAGGGUCCUCACCCCUCCGGGGGGAACACCCCUGCCCGAGACUCCUCCACGCAGACCCAGCCCCCCCAGCCUGCCGCAGGAUCGGGCCCCUCCCUCCCCGGGGCACCGGGAGCCGCAGCCAGAUUCUAUGGGGCAGGAGCCGGCCCGGGAUGACUCAGGGCACAACGGCAUCGGGGAACACGAACAGGAAAGCUGGGGCGACCCCUGGGAGCGGGACCCCUCCUCGGGGCAGGGGAUUGAGCCCAGCGACAGUAUCCUCCUGCCCCAGCCUCUGCACAAGGACAAGCCAGGCUUCGCCCUGCUACUGGCCCGAGACCCCCCCCUGCAGCUGCCGGGGGGCACCAACCCCCCCACUGAGGAUGAGGAUGGCUCCCCCCACGCCGUGUAACAGGGGGGUUCACACCAGACCCUCAGGACACACACAGACUCCUAUGGCACAACGACCACCAGUCCUGGCCCCACCCCGCUGGACACCCCCUCACUGCACAUCACCGACCCUUCCCACAGUGCCCCCGUAGCACAGUGUGUUCCCCCCUCCUCCAUCUGCACCACAAAAAGCAGCUUUAGGAGAGAGCUGGCAAAGCCAGACCCAAACAGGGAGGGGUAGAGGGCAUAGCUCCCUCACCCCAGGCUGGGCAGAGGAACCCCCAC